CUGGCGCGUGCGCAGAACUGCAGUGUUUGUUGCCAUGGUAACCAGAGGCCCUAACAACAAGUGCUGGUAGUCGGGAUCCCAAGUUAUCUUUGCCGGGCGCGGGUACUCUAUGUAAGAAGGGGCGCGUCUAGUCGAGGUCUUCAGGGGCCCUCCAAUGGCUUCGAAGGACAGGGUGGAGACUGUGACGACAAGAACAGGGUUUGGGUGCUGCCCCAAGCCGGCCGCUUACACCCCAGGAACCCGCGAUCUGCUCAAAGCUAUGAUGAAGGAAUCGAAGCUCACUAACUUCCAGCAGCGCCACAUCAUGGACACCAUAAAAAGGGGAGACCCGCUGCCCCUGCAGUGCAGCCCAACAUCAAGCCAGACGGCUUCACCUGCCAAGCAGCCCGCCUCGGCCACCUACCUGCCUCCCACCCUGACAACCCGCUGCCACCUCCGGCCAGCCAGCCUGUGCCAGGCCAACGGGGCCUACACCCGCGAGCAAUUCAAGCCUCAAGCCACCAGAGACCUGGAGAAGGAAAAACAAAGACUCCAAAAUAUCUUCGCCACUGGGAAGGACCCAAAGGAACAGAAGAGAAAAGGCCCCGCUGUGCAGGAGGAGCAGCCAGCCCCCGUGCUGGACCGGUUUGAAGAACUGGUGAGGGAGAUCCAGGAGAGGAAGGAAUUCCUGGCUGCCAUGGAGGCCCUGGGACAGGGCAGGCAGUACCACGGGAUCAUCCUCACCGAGAUCUCCCAGAAAAUACGGGAAAUGGAAGACAUUGACCGCAAGAGGAGCGAGGAACUUAGAAAGGCCCUGGUCACCUCCUAGCCAGCCAGAGAUGGAGCAGGGCAGUUCACCUGUACUCCCUGCCUGUGACAGUGUGUGGCAGGCAGGGCCCUCCCUGGAUGCCACCUGGAAUGCUGGGGCCACUGCUGGAGCCGGGGAGCCACCCAGCCACACAGACUCGAGUCUUUUCUCAGUGACAGCAAGACAGGUCUCAGCACCAUGGACACUUGUGGCCAGGCACCCAGGCUCGCUCUCUACCACCUCCAGCCUCUGUGUGCCCCACUCCUUUCAAUGUUGAACUCAAGCCUGAAGAUGCCUUCUCCCCACCGUCCGUGUAUUCUGCUUCUUAGAACCCCGGGCGAACAUUUAACCACACCAAUUAAUUGGCCAAUGAAACAUAUUUAACUCGG